UCUGUUAUUCUGUAACAAAUUUGUAAAAAUGUCACAAGCCUAACUACUGUCAAUCAUUAGCCCGAAACCCUAUCUUACAAAUUUAAGUUGGUGGUUAACCCUAACUUAGUUAUGGGGGAACCACAAAUUGACGGAUACACAAGAUUUCAAGACGAUGCAAUUCUUGACGUUACGGACGCUUUUAGUGCUCAUUCAAUCAAUCGUAGUGUUCCAACACAAGACUACCCCAAUGAGAUAGGCAGCCAGAGUAACCUAACUAGACCUGACAACAAUGGCGUGGAGUUGACGAGUCCAGCUGACAGUUUCUACGAUGUGGACCAACACUGGGAGAUGAACUACCAUGAGGCUGCUAUAUUUCUAGAGGAAGGGAAGAACAACGAGAAGUUUGACUCCCACCCUAGAGAGCCAGAUGCGUUGCCAGCCUAUCUACUGGUUCACAACCGAUGGUACUACGGACUAGACCUGACCACUUCCAUGCUGCUACUCGCCUUAGCCUUAGUGGAGGACCCUGCGGUGCCACUGUUCAGGUUGCCAGUCGGAGUUCACGGGAUGAUAGAAUUGAUAGCAUUGGCUGUGAUUGGAGCUGAGGUGACACUGAAACUAAGAUGGAUUGGUUGGGGAGCUCUUCUCAAACAUAAACGCACCAUGCUCAAGUGCAUCACUUUGGCAAUAAUGUUCGUGGAGGCAGUCACAGUUCUCGUUCGUCAGUCUUCACAUUUCCGAGUGACUCGAGCGCUGCGGCCAAUAUUCCUAGUGGAUACUCGACAUCUCGGAGGCGUUCGUCGAUGCAUUCGUCAAAUCCUACAAUCCAUGCCUCCGAUCUUCGACAUGCUCGCUCUCAUAUUCUUCUUUGUCUCUAUUUACGCCAUCCUCGGCUAUUAUCUGUUCUCCAACAUGCCCAACCAUUCUUACUUCGAGUCGUUGUUUGACAGUUUCGUCAGUAUGUUUGUUCUUCUCACCACAGCAAAUUUCCCUGAUGUUAUGAUGCCAGCGUAUGCCGUGUCUAAGUGGUAUUCUCUUUUCUUCAUCUCUUACCUCUGCAUCUGCCUUUACGUUUUGAUGAACCUGAUGCUUGCUGUGGUUUACGAAACUUUCACCAACAUAGAGAGGGAGAAGUUCAGAAAGCUCCUUCUACACAAGAGACAAGCAUGCCAACAUGCUUUCUGUCUUCUCACCACCAAACACAACCCGACGAAAAUGAGGUUCCGCCAGUUUGAGGGACUUAUGCGAUACUUUGCUCCGAGGAAAAGUAUCCGAGACAUCUUGUUGAUGUUCAAACAGCUCAAUACCAGCAACUCCGGAGCAAUCACUCUAGAUGAGUUCUGUAGUGUCUAUGACGCAGUCUCCAUAGACUGGGAGGUUCAGUACGCCAACAUUCCCUGGUUCCACUCCGCGUGGAUGCCUCUACAGAGGUUCUGCCAACUCAUGCACAACGUUGUCAUGUGGACACACUUUGAAACUAUUGUUUGCGCAAUUGUGGUAUUCAAUGGGAUGUCUAUGGUGUACAGAGGCCUAGACACAUAUACAGACUUGGAGUCGGCUGCCAGAAUGUUUCUAGCUUCAUGGGAUGCUCUCUUCUUCCUAUUUUUACAAUCGCUGGAGAUUAUUGUGAAGAUCCUAGGUCUCGGGGUGAAUCACUACCUACACUCUGGAUGGAACUUUUACGAUCUGAUGGUGACAGCUGGCAACCUAGUAGCUGUGGCAGUUAUAUACUUGGUGCCGUCAUUCACUUACGGUGUCGUCGUCAGACCUCUUCGUCUACUUCACUUGUUCAAGAUGAAGAAGCGUUACCGAGACAUCAUUGGAACUCUUGCUCUUCUAACUCCGCUGAUGUGCUCCACUGCUGUUGUCAUGCUGGUUUUGUAUUACUUCUUCGCAAUUAUCGGAAUGGAGCUGUUCGAAGGUUAUGACAUGAAGAACUGUUGCAAAGGAACUGCGGUGGAAGAUUUUUACAGAUACUCGGCAAAUGAGACUUCCGCCCUGGGAUACUACUAUCUCAACACAUUUGAGAACCUAGCGACAAGCUACGUCACAUUGUUUGAGCUGACCGUGGUCAACAACUGGUUCAUCAUGAUGACCGGUUACGCCAGUGUGGUUCAUCCCCUCAGUCGGAUAUACUUCAUCCUGUUCUACCUGACCACGAUGGUGGUGCUUACCAUUGUUGUUGCCUCUGUUCUUGAGGCGUUCAGGUUCAGAAUACAGUACAAAAGACACACUACCAAGAGGGAUGAAGAAAAAUUGCUUCAUGAAGAGAUAGAUUUGAAAUGGGAAGAGAUUCAGAGUUGGGUUCAAGACUUUCAUAUUUUAGAGAAAUUACGAUCAGAUUUGGUUGUCGGGGGAAUCGCUACUUUUGUUGGAGUUCGUCCCCGCAAUAGGGAGAUCCUACAGAAGAGAAUGUACAGGUCUGAGAUUGACCAAUGGAUGAAAGAAGCACCGCUAGCACAGGAAUCUCCACACUCUUCUUGGGAUUACGGUCUAACCGUGACUGCAUGAGCACCAUCAAUUCAGCUUGUAUUUCCAAGCGUCCUGACAUCCGUUUCUGGCCGAGACAAGUAGAGUUACGUUUUUGCAGUUACGUUGUGAAGAUGUGAUUCACUCACAACAUUGUUAAUGCUAUUCCAAUCUUAGCUUUUAUUUGUGACAAUAACUAUUUAUUUUGACAGGUAUUUCGUUAAGUAUUAGUUUUACAUAUUUUAUCAUAUGACUCGUAAUAAUAAAUACAAUAAAAAUAUGUACAUAAUACAAUAAUCAAUAACAUGUAUUUUGGGGGCAGAUAGUAAGAAGCCGAACGACUUAAUUAUAUCAUUCACUGAUUGUCGUCAAACAUGAUCUACCUGUGACAAAUAAUUCUCUUAAAUAGUACUCUUAAAUACUUACAGAAGAUGUAUUAAGAUUAGGCUACGCAUAAUGUUUAAUUAUUUUAUUAUAGAUACCGGUGUUUAAAAGGUUGUAAUGGAAUUGAUAUCUGUGUUAAACACGCUUUUUACCAUUAAAAAUUAACUUGUUACAGGGUAAUUUACUUGUUUUGAAAUGUUUAAGUUUUACCAUUACAGUUCUUAGAUUUAAUUUAUGAUUUUUAUUAACUAUUAUUACAAGUCUGUAAUUCCAUGGUCCUUGAUCUGUCCUUGUAUUCUUUUUACAAUUGUUUUUCAUUUUGUUAUUUUUUUCUGUUGGAAAUUUAAUUUUUUUUUUUUAGAAAUUUUGUAUGGAAUACACAUACUGUGUAGAGCUCACAGCAAAAGAAUUUUAUAAUUUAACACAUUUGAUUUAAUAUUUAUUUCAUAUUUAGACUAAUCUAUAUAAUCUGUUGAUGAUAAAAGUGCAAUAAAAACUGUCAUAAAGAAUAAUAUGAAGAAGAAGAAUGAAAUUUCCAGCCCUGCAAUUUAGGUAGUAAUUUCAGGAUUGAGUUCUUUAACUGCCUUUUUUACUUGACCACUUUACCUUAGAUUAAUUAUAUUGUUUGUUAAUGUUUUUGUACCUAGGAUCUUAAGCCCAGUUAUUAAUUCAUCUACAAUUCUCUGAGUCAUGCAUCAAACUUCUAUCAUUACUAAAUUAGUUAUAUUUCAUAUUCAACUCCUCAAUAGUACUUGUGUUACUUUAACUGAUGGAUUUCAUUCAAUCCUCCCAAUUCCAGAUUUUUUAGAUAUUCAUAACUCUUUUCAACUGUCAGCCAUAUCACACUUAUUUAAUUUGAAUAACCUCCAAGGUACUGCAGAUUUAUCCCUAAAUAUUUUCAAAUAAUUCAACUGAAAUGUAUUUUUAAAUGAAGAAUCACGUAAAAUUAUUAGUUAUCACCAAUAAAACAUAUUUAAGUGAAAAUAACUAAACAGAAACAAUUAUUUGCUGACCUUUGUAUUUUUCUGAAACAUUCAAUGAAGAAGUUUUUUGUAGUAAGACCAAAGAUAGGAUUUGGUAGGCUGUAAGCAGGUUUAGGAUAGUGUUCUGUGAUUAAUUGUAAUAUUAAGUAAUUUAUUUAAUGUCCUUGAUAACUAUAUGCACUAGAGUCUUGUUUAGAAAUUAAAUAAAUUGGUUACACUCAUAAUGUAAUAACUUAUAACUAUUAUUUAAUAGAAAAUUUUAGAGCUUAAUUGUAAUCAGGUCCUCAACAUUUCAGUAUAUACAUGUAUUUUUGUCUUUAUUUUUAUAAAAACUCAUUAGUUUGGAUUCAAAACAUAAACAGGGCUUCAGUGUAGUGAUAAAUUAAUAAAUAAAUAUUGAAUACAA